UGUCAUAUUCAAUUGGAAACGUCAAAACGAAAAGGUUAUAAUGUCUGUCACAAUAUAUUUUUGAAAAAUGGAUGAUUUACAGCUUUCUGAUACGUUACAAAGGUAUUUUUCAGAUGUUUUCUUGUGUUGUGAUGAAGACAAUUCCGGUAAAGCAUCCUUAACAAAGACAAUUGAAUUAAUUCAAUCGGGGAGUGUACCCGAAGAUGUCAUUUCACAAAUAUCAGAUAUUUGCUGGGCUCUCGGUAGUAACUACUUGAAUAAAAAACAAUUUUUUUCUGCACUGAAGCUGGUGGCAGCUUAUCAAGCCAACAUUCCUGUUAGAAGUGAAGUAUUAACUUCAAAGAUUGAACUUCCCUUGCCUCGUUUUACUUGGACUGUUAUUGAUAAUAAAAGUCCCAUAGGAGAUUUAAUUGAACUUAGGCAUCAUCCAAAUGAUUACACAGAACAAGUGGAUACUGCCAGUACAGAUUCAGAAAUAGAGAGUGAGACUGUAAGAAAUGGUUCUCCAGAUAUGUCUAGUGCAACCUCAGAUAGUCCUACUCCAACUAAUAGUGUUCAAGAUAGGAGUUGGGUUGUGUCGGGAGUGUGGCAUGGACUUAUUUCUGAGGAACAGAGGCAGUUAUUAGGAACUGAAGAAGAAUCAUCUGAAAAGCACAGCAGUGAAGAAGAUACUGAAGUUUCAAGUGAAGUAUGGACCAUAACUAAUGAACAAAGAGAAUAUUACACCAAUCAGUUUAGAUCCCUCCAACCUGACACUAAUGCCUUAUUAGCAGGUCCUAUAGCUAGAACCUUCUUUGAAAAAUCCCGCCUUCCCAUUCACGAACUAAGGAAAAUCUGGCAGCUAGCAGAUGUUACUAAAGAUGGAGCACUUUCUUUACAGGAAUUCAAUACAGCAAUGCAUCUGGUUGUCCUUAGAAGAAAUCAUAUUGAACUACCUGAUGUUCUACCACCUACUCUAGUACCUGGAAAUGAAACUCCACUUUCAGUUAGUCCUGAAACUGAACCUAUACUAUCCCCUCAGACUAAAGAUACAGCUAAAGAGUGGACCAAAUUUAUUGAUAGUCCUACCAGUUCAGUGUCUUCUCCAGGACCCAAACCAGUAAAUUUUGACUUUCAAAAAGUUACUUUAGAUAAGGAUUCCAAAAUACUCCACCCUGUACCAUUACGCCUUACCCCAGAAGUAGCUAGUAAUAAUCAUGUAGAAGAUCAAACUGAUGGUAAGGAUUUGCAUAGCCCAAAAAAAUUUUCAGAAAACGCGCUCUCGCAAAAUUUACAGAACUUGAAUAUUGGAGCACAAAAUAGUGCCAUACAACGUCCUCAAGCAAAGAAAAUAAAUAUUCCCGGACCAGGAGCAAUUCCCCCUCCCCCUCCUAAUAAUCAAAAUAAUGGUGAAGAAGGUCCUGUAAGCCUUCCUGCCUUCCCUCCACCAAAAAAGGAAAAACCUCCCCCUCCACCACCUAGACCAUUUAAAACCCAUGGUCGAAGUUCUUCUCUAGACUUGAAUAGGCUUAGUAAACUUGGGGCGCCGCCGACAGUUCCCCCUAGGAUUAGUCCUAAUAUUCAAGGAACCAAGAAACUAAUCAACCAAAGAUCCGAAGGGGAUUCCUCUUCUCAUGCAGAAGCGUUUGCUAAUUUUGAACAAUUCGAAUUUGAGAAAUAUGAAAACGUAUCUGAAGGAAUAUUUAGAGGAGACGUUUAUGAAGCUGAAAGAAAAAAACUUUUUGCACAAUUUUCCCAACCAAGUACUAGUGACGAAGCGCCGAGAAAACACGGCGCUUUCGAAAUCUACAGAAAACCCCAAGUGAACAGUAGUCCUGUAUCUCAAGAAGACAAAGCCAAGUGGCAGCUGUUCCAACAGCUACAAGAAGAGAAUACCGUAUUAUUAAGGAUUUGUCAAGAACUUAGUCAAGAAUUGGCCGAACUAAGGGAAGAAAAGUUAACUUUGAAAGUUAGAUUGGAGAAACAAUUGAGUGGAGGUUAAUAAGUGAAAAAUCGGUAGUAAUUAUUUUUUAAUAUAAUAUAGGUUUCGAUAAAGUGAAUGUCUGAUUUAUGUAAUUGUAGUUUUUUAUAAUCUAUUCUCUAUGAUGGUUGAUUGGAGGUUUAAAUGUAACUGAACUUUGAUAUUUGCUUUUGCAUUGAAAUUAGUUGACAAAAAGGUAGUUUUCUCAUCAACCAUUGAACGAUCAUUUAAUUGAAUAUCUAUCCAGCUCCUAUAUUACUAAAUAAUAAUCUUUACGACGUCAAUGCAACUUAAUAAAUGGGAAAUGUUUAUCCUAUCCUGUACCUAAGGUUAAAAGAUUUGCGUCCUGUAAGCUCGUUGCCAGCAGUUUCAAAAGUCCUCAAACGAGCAGUGCACACUCAGGAUUCCGUAGGGGGCAUAGUACAACAACUGCAAUGUUAAAUAUCACUGACAACAUAAUAAGAGCACUUGAUAAAGUAAAAUCUGUCAUAUCUAUCUACUUCAAGGCAUUUGAUGUGCUGAAUCAUGAUCUUUUUUGUGCAAAUUGGGAUUUGAUAUAAAAUCUUUUGAUUUUUCUGGGUCUUACUUAAAAAGAAGAGGGUUUGCAUGGAUCAGAGUUCAUCUGAAACUAGCGAAAUAGUAUCUGGUGUUUGUUCCUAGUAUAUGUUUUUGAUAUCUGUGACAGUGUCUCUCACUCAGGUCCUGCAUUACUUUGAGAGUGAUCCAGAAGCAUUAGAUACACAUAUAAAUAGAGAUUUAUUAGGCAUUCUUGAAUAUUUCAUGAAGCAUAAUCUAAGGCUGAAGUUUUGCUGUUUUAGUGGUUUUGGAGCCUCGUUGGUAUUCAAACCAUGUGUUAAGAACUUAAGACUAAUUCUAGAUGUUGACUUGAGGUCUAUUAUUUGUAAAUCUCGGUUUUGUUCAUUUUUACCAACCAUAUCGUUGUUUAUUAUUCUUAUCUUGACAUCAAAAAUCGUGUGCAAUAUGUACAAAAAGUGUGUUGUAGAAUUAUUUUUAAUCAAAGAAAGUAUGACCAAAAUGAACGAAUUAAAAGAAGUUAAGAAUAGGUCAAAAUGGCAUUGCAAUCUAAUAUGGUCCACUAAACUACCUCUAUUCAAUGCUAUUGCAAAUUUCCAUUUCCUAUACUUGAACAAAAAGAUUAUCGAGCCCUAGAAGAGCCCCGAAGAAUAGGAUAAAAAGAAGAAUAUUUUUUCCACAUAUUUUCAAAGUUUCUGUUACAAGCUUUCCAUUCGAAACUUUUCUUUAUCUUCCUUGGUCAGCAUUUUUGCAUUGCAUUAUUGCACAAAAUUUUCCAGUACUUGAUUAUUAUUUGAUAUAUAGAAGAUUGAAGAAGUUAUUCAUAGUCUACUUUCUUCACAACCAUGCUUUUUUUCUACAUGACAAUUCUUACUAAUAGUUGUUUGUUGAAUUUGUGUCCCAUCAAAAUUUAGAAUUAAACUGGUCAAAAUGGCAUAACAAGCUGAUGUGGUCCUCUGUCGUCUCUACAAACUAUCUGCUUCAAUAUAGAAUAGAAAUAUUAAUUUAGUACAGAUCCUCAUAUUUUUCUGAUGCUAUAUCUGAGUAUAAGCUAUUUGAUGAAUUUUACAUCUUCACAUAUAGUGAUAAUAAGCAAGUGCAAAAUGACCAGGAAAACAAAGUAAAUAGGAAAACCAAAAAAAAAGUCAACGUAAGAACCAGAUAGAGAAACAAGGAUGAAAUAAAAGGAAAACUCUGAAUUCCACUUGUUAAGGAUAUGAAAUCAUGAAAAAAUAGUUGGAAGAGGACAGACACAUAGACUCAACAGUGCCCCUGGUAGUCAUCGGGAUAAGAUAAAAAGAAGAAUAUCUGCCCCACGUAUUAUAAAAGUUUCCUUUCGAAACAUUUCUUAGUCUUCCUUGAUUAGCAUUUUUGAUCCUCUACAAUAUUUCUCAUAGUUCAUUGAAAUUUUCCAAUAGUUCAUGAAUAUCUAAUAUACAAGAGGAUACAGAGGUUAUUCCAUGUCUAUUUUUUUACAUCCAGUAUAUAAUAAUUUCCUUUCACUAAAAUUUAGAUUUGAACAGGUAUUCAUUGAACGGUGGUCAAAAUGACAUUACAAUCUGAUGUGGUCCUCCAUCUUCUCUACAAACUGUCUGCAUUUAAUCCUAUGGUGUAUUUUCAUUUCUUAUCCUCGAGUAAAAAUAUUACCAUCUAGUACAGAUCCUCAUCUUUUUCUGAUGCUAUAUCUGAGUCUGGUCUAUUAGCUGAACUUUAUAUCUUCACAAAUAUAUUGAUAAUGAACCCAUUAAUCAUGGCCAGGAAAACCAAAGAAAAAGCAAAAAAUAAGACACCCAGAUAGAGAAACAAGGAUGAAAAUAAAGGAAAACUUUGAAUUUUAUAGAAAUACUUGUCAAGGACAGGAAAAAGAAGAAUAUCUUCCACUCAUAUUGUCUAUUUGAAGUUUGCAUUAGAAACUUUUCUUGGUUGGAAUUCUUGUUUCUUCACAAUAUUUCUCAUAGUUGCUUCUUCAUUUUUUUGUUUCCUGUAAGCAUUUUUUUGUAUAUUUUGUUUUUGCAACUUUAGUACUGAUAAUUUCCUAGCUGGUAAUUAUUUUUCAGAGGUAUUUCAAUCCUUUUACAGAAUUUUUAUCAUUUAUAUAUCAUUUUAUGGAGAGCUGUGAUGGAAAGAGUAGCUUUAGACUGAUGCUUGCAAUAUAGGAAUAUCAAAUAUAUGUAGAUGAUUACCUUUUUGCUUUUACCUAUUCCAACGUCUGUUUCUUAAAUCAGAUCAAAAAAAUCUAUCCAGUAUUAUUUAAUUGAUAAUUAUAAUGUGAUGUGAAUGCCAAAUUAAAAUUAUUGUGUGGUUAGGUCAAGUUUUAAUGCAAAUAAAUCAAAAUUCAGUUACCUGACUUGUACUAAAUUAUCAGUAUGUUUGUUUUUAACAUAUUGACCGAGUUAUUAAAAGACAUUUGUUUAAAAAAAUAUCAUGUUUUUAUUGAUUGAUGAGGUAAUUUUAUUUACAUCAAAAUAUUGUAUUUUUUCAAAUUCUAUGAUGAAAAGUUAUAUUUAAAGAUGAAAUUUAAUUAAACAAUAAUAUGCAUUUUAAAA